GUUUACAUUCCUCCACCACUGCGGUGUUUUAAAUGUCAAAGAUAUGGGCAUGUAGCGGCGAUAUGCAAGGGCAAACAAAGAUGUAGCAAAUGUAGUGGUGAACAUGAAUAUGGAAAGUGUGAAGAAGGGGCAAAACUAAAAUGUUGCAACUGUGGAGGAGAACAUAGUGCAGCAUAUGGAGGUUGUGAGGCUAACAAAAGAAUGCAGGAGGUACAGCGAAUUAAAGUAGUCCAAGGGGUUUCCUAUGCAGAGGCAACUAAGAAAGUCCCAAGAGGUGUAGGUGUACCGGUAGAAACAAUAAAGGAUGGGACUAAAGAUGUAAAGGAAUGUGUAAAGUGUGAUCAACUAAAAGAAGAUACGUUGAUUGUGAGUAAAGGUGAUUUUGUGCUAUUCAUGGCUGAGAUGAUCAAUUGCUCAGCACAGACCACUAGUAGAACUGAAAGAAUUAAAAUAAUUGUAAAGUCAGCUGAAAAAUACCUGGAUGCAAAGGGAAUGCCUUGGGAAAGAGUAAGAGAUAUUCUUAAUGAUGAAACACAACAAUCACAGUCAUGGAGUGGGCCUGUAUAAUGGUUUUAAUUAUACUUCAGUGGAAUGCUAGGAGUUUAAUUGCAAACGGCCAAGAAUUCAAAAAAUAUGUUGAAAAUUUACAAGAGAAACCUAAUAUUAUUUGUAUACAAGAAACCUGGCUAGUGCCUAGGUUGGAUUUUGUAAUAAAGGGGUAUGACUCUAUAAGAAGGGAUAGGGAAAUAGGUAAAGGAGGAGGAGUUGUAAUUUUUAUACAAAGGGGACUUCAGUAUAGAGAGGUAAAGAGGGGGAAUGACUUGGAAUACAUUGCUACAGAAGUAUGGACAAAUGAAGAUAAUGUGACAAUUAUAAACUUUUAUAACCCAUGUAGACAAGUGGAGAUAAGGCAACUGGAGGAUAUUUGGAAGGAUUUGACAGGGAGAAUUAUCUGGUGUGGGGAUUUGAAGAAAUGAACAUGACAUAAGAGAAGAGAGAUGGAUUUUAGGAAAAGCAGAUUGGGGAUUUUGCUUAUGAUGAAGACAUGGAUUCUUUUACAAGUGGCAGCAUUGGCUGCUGUUUGCCUCGCCCAGCAGGACUGCUCCAGGGGAGCCUGCUACCCCCCAAUGGGAGAUCUGCUCAUCGGACGUGAGCAGCAGCUCCACGCCACCUCCACCUGUGGACUCACGGGGACUGAGGUCUUCUGCACACCUUAUGGACAGUGGAAGAUGAAGUGCUGCCCAUGUGACUCACGCAACCCUCAGGCCAGACAUGCGCACACCAUUCAGAACGUUCUCUCCACAGCUGGUGAGCAGCGGUGGUGGAUGUCCAGGAAAGAUACCAGUCCCGUAUCUAUUCAGUUUGACCUGCCGCACAUGUUUCAGCUGGACAACCUCAUUAUGAGUUUCAAGGGCCCACGGCCUGAUGCCUUGGUGAUUGAGAGGACCACCGAUGGAGGACGCACCUGGCAGCCUGCCCGCUACAUGGCCACCGACUGUCGCUCCAGCUUCCCCCAGGCCCUACAGCCCAGGGGCCCCAGGCCUAACCCAGGCCCAGCCCUCGGGGAAGCCUCCUGCUACACACUCUCCCCACCCCCCGCAAACCCAUACGUGGACCAGAAGAUAUAUUUCAGUCCCCUUCGGCAGUAUUCUGAACUUAACUACCCCGACAGUUAUAAAAUUGAAGCCGUGUCUGGCUUCAACGGCCUUCGGAUUAACCUCACCCAGCUGGGCCAGGUGGCCAAUAUGCCCGGCCGCUCUCUCAGCCGCUACUUCGCCCUCAGGGAGAUGAGAGUGAUUGGCACCUGCUUCUGCCACGGCCAUGCCAACCGCUGCCUGCCCGUCACCAACAGCAACCAGCUGCCCGAAACACAGGUAAAUGCCAGGUGUGAGUGCCAACACAACACUGUGGGCAUGAACUGUGAACGCUGUGCUGACCUGUUUAAUGACAUUCCCUGGAAACCAGCUGGGGAAAACAGUCCUAACAUCUGUCAACGCUGUGAGUGUAAUAACCAUGCCCAGCGCUGCCGCUUUGACCCGGUCCGUUACGAGGCCACCAACAGGGUUAGUGGAGGAGUGUGUGAGAACUGUCUGCACCACACCACCGGAUCCAACUGUGAGCGCUGCGCACCCAACUACUACCCCAACCCCUACAGCAGUAUGGACCGACCGGACGCCUGCCUCCGUUGCAGCUGCAAUGCAGCAGGCUCUGAGAAUGGAGGCCAGUGUGGUGGUAAUAAUGGUGCCUGCCGCUGCAAGGCCAAUGUGGAAGGACCCAACUGUGACCGCUGCAAGAGUGGCUACUACGGCCUGAGUGCCAGUAACCCCCUGGGCUGCUCCAAGUGCGACUGUGCUGUUGCGGGCUCCCGCUAUCAGUCCUGUGAUCCGGUGACAGGGCAGUGCCCAUGCCUGCCCAAUGUCCAGGGCAUGAACUGCGACCGUUGUGCUGUUGGCUUCUGGAACCCCAACUCCCCCAGCGGCUGCCAGCCCUGCGAUUGCCACCCCACCAACGCCAUCGGAGACACCUGCGAUCAGCUGACUGGUCAGUGCCAGUGCCGAUCAGGUUUUGCCGGCCGCGCUUGCUCAGGUUGCCCAGACUUAUACUAUGGUGAUCCCAACACAGGCUGCCGAGUUUGCCAAUGUGACCCACAGGGCACUGCCAGCUGUGACCAGCGCACCGGCGCUUGUGUGUGCUUCCCCGGCGUGACUGGCGUGCGCUGCGACUCCUGCAGCCGCGGCCGCUGUGAGAACUUCCCCAACUGCCCCACCUGUCCCUCCUGUUUCUUUGACCUGGACGCCCAGCUGGGUAACCUCUUCCUGACCGUGCGGCGGCUUUCCGACUCCAUCCCUGGCCGAGGUGACGGCUCCGGGCCACUCCCGGGAAACCUGGGUCUGCGCUUCAGUGCCCUGGAGGACUCCCUGAGGGUCAUCCGCGAGCAGCUGGCCCUCCCAACCGACUCCACAGACAAACUGGACCGGAACCUCAGAGAGCUGAGCAGACUCAGGGACCAGGUGAACAGGCUGACUGGGGACCUCUCUGGCUCCUGGCAGGGCAUCGACCUCAAGCCCCAAUUGGACGAGCUCCAGCGUCUGCUGGACUCCCUCAGCAUCCUCUACAACGCCAAGAAGAACGCCCUGCUGAACUCUGUCACAGACAACAGCAAAGGUGCUUUCGAUGCUAUUAAGAAGGCCUAUGAGGACUCUAAUGAUGCUGUAAAGCAAGCCGAAGCCACAGGCAAGACGGUCAAGAACUCAUCUGACCUGCGCCAAGAUGCUCUGGACAUGCAGAACAGGGUCCAACCAGCCAACACCAAGGACCUCAACAAACUGAAGGAGCAGCUGGCUACCAAGCCCAAUCUCACCCCGACCGCUGUCCAGGUGUGUGGCAGCAAGCGGACUGAGUCCUGUACACCUGAGCAGUGCGAUGGCGAGCUCUGCAGUCCCGACUCUGCCCGCUCCUGCCUGCUGGGGGAGGUGUGUGUGGGCGCACUGCCCACUGCAGGGAAAGCCCAGAGGGACACCGAGGAUGUGAAGGCCAAACUGCAGGAGCUCAGCCAGAACCUCACCGAGGCCAAUGCACAGAUGCAGGACACCCAGGAGAAGGCCAAUCAGGUGCGACUGACAACCGACGAGAUGACCAACCAGAUCAAAAAGGCUCGUGACGACCUGGAAGUGGAUCUGCAGGAGACCAGAAACUUUGUGAGGCAGCUCAAAGAUUUUCUGUCAGACCCGAGCACAGACCCCAACCGCAUUGACGAGGUCAGUGAGGAGAUCCUGAAUGCCAAGCUCCCUCUCAGCCUGGACGCCCUGAAGAAGAAGCUGCAGGAGCUCCAGGGUCUGGCCGCCGGCCUGCCCGACAGCUCCAAGGUCCUGGAGGAGAGCCAGCCCCAGCUGGACCAGGCGAAGAAGCUUCUGGAAGAGGCCCAGAAUGCCAGGGAUGCAGCCCGCGGGGUGAAGGACGAUGUCGCCGGGUUGCUGGAUGGGCUGGCAGAGGUGGAGAGGUCUCUGGAUGAGAUGGAGGAGAAAGUUGCACAAACCACGACCAUCCUUGACGGUGUCAACCCCGAAAAGGUUAAAGCUGAUUUGGAUGAGGCUGUUGGUGGCUUAGGAGAAGUGACUGAUACUGUCGGCACCAGAAUCCCUGAGGAAAUGACUGACCUGAAGGAUCUGGCCAAGCAUAAUGAUGAACUGGCACAAAAGGGGCUUGAAGAUGCACAGAAUGCUCAGAAGGCAGCCAAUGACAUCACAACGAAUCUUGUGGUUUUGGAGGACAAACUCGAGGAGCUGUUGAAAGCAGCUGAGGAUGCUGGGGAUGUGGGCGAGGCCGGGAAGACCCUGCAGAAGCUCAAAGAGGACACCAGCAAGCUGCUCAAUGAGACGGCCCACAUCAAGCAGACCUUAGAUGAAAAAGAGUCAUCCAUCAAACAGGCUGCGGAUGAGUUCAAUCAGAAGUCCUUGCUUCUGCCUGAUCUGGAAGCAAAGGUCCAGAAUCUUAUUAAAGAAAUCCGGAGUGAGGCCGACCUGCACAGCAUAUGUAUAGCAUAAGCUCCACCACACCCGCCCUGCCCUGUCCCAUCGUCUUGAUACUACCAUUUAUAAUAAAUAAUGUUAUUGGUUAUUUAUGUCACCAAGGUUUUUUGUCAAUCUGUCUGGAAAACAUUUCAUUUGCUAUACCAUUUUCAGUACUAUUGCUGUCACUUUAAACAACCACUGAAACAGAAUUCAGAUGUUACCUACAGUAUUUGUUACUUUUAUAUGUCCUUGAAAUCAUUCUAAUUAAUAUAUAUUCUGUAAAUCUGUAAUGAGCCUUUUGUGAACCACUCAAUAAAUGAUUAUCGUUUGUCAUUAUGCA